AUGGCUCUCAAGCAGUCAAAUAUCUUUGGCCCGCAGGGCUUUCGCGAGUGCUGGGGCGACUACCGUGCUGAAGCGGAUUUGGAGGACCCGUCAUGCUCUCUAUACCGUUUCCAGCGUGAUUUGCCGCGCUUACCUGUGCCAUUGUUGAAAGAAAGCAUUGAACUCUACCUGGAAACUCUUAGACCGCUGACGUCGCCCGCCGAGUUCGCGCGCGCCAAAGAGCUAGCUAUUGAAUUUUUGAGACCCAGUGGUAUAGGCGAGAAGCUGCAGAGUCGUUUGCUAGCCCGUGCCAAGGACCGUAAUGACUCCAGCUAUUUAGCAGAGUGGUGGAAUACGCUUGGCUAUCUACAAGUGCGCGAUCCCGUUGUGUUUAAUGUCAGUUACUUCAUUCACUUUGCAGACAGCGUGCACCCGAAGCAACGCUCUAACAUCGGACGUGCAGCGGCGCUGCUGAGAGGUUCCGUGCUCUUUGCUGCCCAAGUGGCGAACGGUUCCAUUGAGCCCGAGCAGCUUGGCAAGAACAAGACACCAUUAUGUGCCACUGCUUAUAAGUACAUGUUUAAUGCUUGUCGCAUUCCACGCCGUAAGCAAGACUCAUACAGGAUUUACGAUCCCAUGUUACACACUCACGCUGUUGUCAUGCGCCACAACAAUUUUUUUCUUCUUGAGUUACUGGAUCCGCGUACGAAAGAUCCGCUCGGAUUUGAAGCUUUAUGCUUUCAGCUGGCUAGGAUUUUGGACGCUGCCGGAGCGAAGGGGUCAGCUAUCGGAGUAUUGACGUCUCAGGAUCGAGAUUUAUGGGCAGACGCCCGUGAAGAAUUGAUUCAAGCGUCGCCAUUGAAUCAAAAAUCAUUGCAUGCUAUUGAAAGCUCAUUGCUGGUGCUAAAUUUGGACGAUGAUGCUCCAGUGUCUCGGACGGAAGUAGCACGCGGACUGUGGCAUGGCAAUGGUCGCAACCGUUUCUUUGACAAAUGUGUGCAGAUUGUGGUGUUUGAGAAUGGUAAGGCUGGUCUGCUUGGGGAACAUUCAAUGCUUGAUGGCAUGCCCAUGGCUCGGUUUUGCGACUAUCUGUUAUCGCGUCUUCACAAAGGCCAAAUUGAUCUAGGCCCUCGAGGGCAAACGACGCAGCAGCUUUUGCACUCGCUUGUUGCUCCAAAGCAGCUUAUGUUUCGCUUCACAUCGAAGACGCUGUACAACAUUGCCGAGGCCGAAAAGGUGUUUGAUCAAACUGUGAUCGACCACGAAGUAUUUGUACAGACCUUCUAUGGCUACGGUGCACGCUCUAUCAAGGGAUUCCGCUGCAGUCCAGAUGCGUUUGUGCAGUUAGCGAUUCAGCUUGCUUACAAAAAGCUAUUUAGGAAGAAUGUCGCCACGUACGAAGCUUCGCAGACGCGCACCUUUCUUCAUGGACGUACUGAAACGACCCGCAGCUGCUCGGCGGCUAGUGCCAAGUUCACUGAUGCAAUGACGGAUGCGUCUGGCACAAUUACUGUUGAUGAAAAAAGAAAAUUGCUUCUUGCUGCUGCUAGCGCCCAUGUCGCAUAUAUGCGCAAGGCUGGUGCCGGCCGAGGAGUGGAUCGACACUUUCUUGGAUUGAAGCUGUUAGUGCAACCUGGCGAGCGUGUGCCGUUUUUUGAGGAUCCAGUAAUGACUAGAGCUAGUCACUGGCUAAUUUCCACGAGCCAUUUGACAAAUGAAUUGUUUGAUGGCUGGGGAUGGGGUGAGGUCGUACCUGAAGGUGUCGGCAUCGCUUAUAGCGUUAAAGAUCUUUCCAUCCAGUUUAAUAUCGCCUGCCGUCAACAUGGCGGCUGGGCAGCUCGUCUAGGUCAUUUGCUCGAAGAGAGCCUCUUUGAGAUGCAGCAGCUGUUUGCGAAAUCCACUGACAUUGGUGCCAAAUUGUAG